AUGUUAAUUCUUGUUAUUCUUAUUUUUUAAAUAUCUGGAAGAAAUCUGUAAGGAAGAGGAGCACCUCCAAAAAGGGGAGAGAAGUGGGAUCAAUCAAAUAAAGCACUUGAUUAAAUAUUCCAACAAAUAUCAGGAAAUUUAACUUAGUAACAAGUGUAGGAUUUAGAAUUAAUUGAAGGCUAUAUAUUCAAUGAAGGAUUAUUGUAUUAUGCUAAGGCUACUCAAGAAGAAAAAUAGAAGAUAUUAUUCUCUUUGUUAGAAAUGGUUGGUGAACUUGAGAAAGAAAGUAAUGAAGAGAACUAAAGAUUGGAAAAAGAUAUUUAAUAUUUUAGUUAACUUGAUGAGAACGAUAAGAACAUAGUAAUGACAAAGAUUUCACAAAGUUUAGAUAAAACUCUCAAAGAUCAUUCUAAAGAAUUUAAUAGUAAAGUUGUUUUAUUGAUAAUUAAAAAAGAAAUCGAGGCUUACUAAAAUAAACCUGAUAAGAAUUCAAAGGCAACAUGGAAUAUAUAAUAAUAUAAGAAUCUUAAGAACUAAUAAUAAUAGGAAAUGAGAGAAAUAGAAUACUAAAUAUAGGAAUUUUUAGAUUAGGGUUUAUCUGAAGAGAAAAUUAAAGAACAGAUUACAGAUUUUAUUCAAUCCUACUUUAGUAAUUCAACAUCAUUAGAUCAAAAUAACACUAGUAUCGAAGAAAUUAUUCAUGAUGUGAAGACAUAGGAAGAAGAAAGUAGUCAAAGUGAGUAAGUGAAACAGGUUAGAUAAAAGCUUAGAUUAUUGAUUAGGGAAUUAUUGGAGUAGGGUAAAACAGAAGAGGAAAUCUAGAAAGAAGUCAAUGAUUAUUUAAUUAAGAAUGGUGUAAAUGAUUUGAGUGAAGAGGAAAGAGGUUUAAUAAAAUUAAUCAUCCAAAAAGAAAUGAUUCGAAAUAAAAGACAGUAAGAGUCUUUAAAUGAUGAAUAACCCUAAUUCUCUUUUUAAAAUAAUGCAUAUUUCAUAUACCUUGGAAUAUUUACCAUUAUUUUAUUGAUGACCUUGGCAAUGUUUCUGGUUAGAAGAUACAAAAUGAAAUAAAAUCAAAGAAAACAGAUUGGAUUCAGAAUACAAGACAACAGUUAAGAUGUUGAACAAAUGGAAUGA